GGGAGUCUAGUCUCGAGAGGCUGUUGGAAGAACUGCAACUUUCUGCCUUGCUGCUUUGAGCUCGACUGCAACCGAGCUUAGGGCCUAGGUUUUCUGCUACCAGAAAUAGUGUUCAUUCUACUGCAGGCUAGAAAAUGAAGCCAUUGGUACUGCUUGUAUUAGUAUUCAGCUAUGCUGCUGCUCAAGUUCAAGGACCACCCGGUCCACCUGGACCUCCAGGAAAAUGCCCCAGUACAUGUUCUGGAUCAGAUGACAAGGGAAUUGGAGGGGGUGUACAAGGUGACCCUGGACCUCCUGGAUCACCUGGUAUUCAAGGAGCUGCUGGACCCCCUGGUCCUCCUGGCUCAUCUGGUCCAGAAGGCAGACAAGGUCCCACUGGCAAUAGAGGAUCGCAAGGUCCCGUAGGAUCUCGUGGACCUCCUGGAGCUCUUGGACAACGAGGAGCAGAUGGUGCCGAUGGUAAAGAUGGAGUUGACGGAGAACAAGGACCUCCUGGACCACCUGGAGCUACUGGUACUCAAGGACCACCUGGAGCUCAAGGACCUAAAGGACCUCAAGGAGACAGAGGACGCGAUGGUGAUGCUGGUAAUCCUGGAUCCUCUGGUGAAAAAGGACCUCAAGGAGAUCCUGGACAUAGUGGACCAAGGGGUUUACCUGGAGGACCUGGUGCAAGAGGAGAGCGUGGUGCUGCUGGUGCUCCAGGUACUGCUGGUCGUGAUGGGCACCCAGGACAAGAUGGUCCUCAGGGACCUACUGGUCCUAAUGGAAAGGACGGAAGCCCUGGUCUUCCUGGAUUACAUGGUUCAAAGGGACAAAAAGGAGAAGGUGGAGUUACUGGAAGUUCUGGAGUUCCUGGAGAAAAAGGAAGCCAGGGAGAUAGUGGAAGAGAUGGAUCUUCUGGAGCACAGGGUGAAAAAGGAAAUCGUGGUGAUCCAGGCCCAAGUGGACCUACUGGACCUGUUGGAUUGCAAGGAACAGGUGGAUUGCCAGGACCUGCUGGACCAUUAGGACCUAGUGGGGCAGCUGGGCCUCCUGGAAGACCUGGUGACAAUGGAGCUGCUGGACAAGCUGGACCUCCUGGAAGUGACGGUGAACAAGGUCCUCCUGGACCAACUGGAGCUCCUGGACCUUCUGGUCAAACUGGAUCACCUGGCAGGCGUGGUCUUAGAGGUAUAAGAGGCCCACCUGGACCUACUGGUGACAACGGAGGACCUGGAUUUCCUGGUGUGCGGGGAACUCCAGGUGCAGCAGGAGCUCCAGGAAAAGAUGGUGAAAGAGGACAAACAGGAUUACCUGGAUCUAGAGGAGCUCCAGGAGCUAGAGGGUCACCUGGUCCUAUGGGAGCACCAGGCCUUCCUGGUGAAUCUGGACGCAAUGGUGCAGAUGGAGCUGCAGGACAACCUGGUCAAGAUGGAGAAUCUGGAGCUAAUGGACGAGAUGGAUCACCUGGUGGACCUGGAUUACGUGGAGAACCUGGCGCACAAGGAGUACCUGGCCCAAGUGGGGGUCCAGGACCAUCUGGCCCAUCUGGAGCACAAGGACCUAAAGGCGACAGAGGUCAAAUUGGUCUUUCUGGCAAGAAUGGAGUAGAUGGUGAACGUGGUGUCAAAGGAGAGUCUGGUGCUCAAGGCAUGAAAGGAGAUAGAGGUGAAAGAGGAGAUGUAGGAUUUUCUGGAGUUCCGGGACCCAGUGGGCCACCAGGGACAGCUGGUCCUCCAGGAAGUGCUGGACCACCUGGGCCAGAUGGAACUCAAGGAGCACAAGGAUUUAAAGGAGACAAAGGUGGUCCAGGUGAAAAAGGAAUAGGUGGAGAAAAGGGAGACAAAGGAGACGGUGGUGAUGUUGGACCACGUGGUGAUAAUGGUAACACUGGACCACCUGGAAAAGAUGGUGCUAAUGGAUUAGAUGGUGCUCCUGGUAUUCCUGGUCCUCAGGGACCCAACGGGCCUCCUGGACCUGCUGGUGAACAAGGAGGUCGUGGUGCAAGAGGUGAACAAGGUCUUCCUGGACCAGCAGGCCCAGUUGGAGAACCUGGAGCAAUGGGACCAGCUGGACCAGCUGGACAAGUUGGAGCACGUGGAGAUAGAGGACCUCUAGGACCUGCUGGCAAAGAUGGAGAUGCGGGAGCACAAGGUCCUGCAGGACCUCGUGGUGCACCUGGUGUUGGUGGAACUCCUGGAUUACAAGGUAGUCCUGGUAUUGCAGGACCAGGGGGUCCAAGUGGUGCUAAGGGAGAGAAAGGUGAAGCUGGAUCUCAAGGAAAUGAUGGAACUCCAGGAGCAGAUGGAGCUCGUGGUGCAAAGGGAAGCAAAGGAGACGGUGGUUCUAAUGGAGGUAAAGGUGAUAAAGGAGAUGCUGGUGUAGCUGGACCUCAAGGUCGCCAGGGAUUGAAUGGAGGACCUGGUGCACCUGGAACACAAGGUCGUCCUGGACCUUCUGGAGCUAAAGGAAGUAUAGGAACAGAAGGACCAAGAGGACCUCCUGGCCCUCAGGGAUCUCGUGGACCUCCCGGACCACAGGGUGACGUAGGUACUCAAGGCAGACCAGGAGAGAAAGGAUCUACAGGAGAUAAUGGUGGAGCAGGACCAGCUGGACCAAGUGGACCACCAGGCUUACCAGGACAUGAUGGUGCCCCAGGACCUGUUGGACCAGUUGGACCUUCUGGAUCUAGAGGACCAUCAGGGCAAGAAGGAGAUCAAGGCCCUCAAGGUCCUAGGGGUUUACCAGGAACUAAAGGAUUGAAAGGAGAAAGAGGUGCAACAGGACCAGGUGGACCUGCUGGACGAGAUGGUGCUCCAGGUAAUGCUGGUGCUGAUGGUAAGAAUGGAGCUGAUGGUGUUCAAGGAGCAACAGGACCUACUGGACCACCAGGACCUACUGGAUCUCCUGGAUCACCUGGUAUUCCUGGUACUGCAGGAGCACCAGGAUCUGCUGGGCCUGAGGGUGCAGCUGGAAGAACUGGAGAGAAAGGAGGUUCAGGUGAUCGUGGUGAAAAGGGAGGCAAGGGAGAUACUGGAUCUAAGGGAGACACAGGUGAAAGAGGUCAAACAGGAUUGCAAGGAGCUAAAGGAGAUAAAGGUUUCACUGGCCCUCCUGGUCCUCGCGGUUCAACAGGAGAGCCUGGCUCUCCUGGUUCAGUUGGUAUUCAGGGACCUCCAGGACAACGUGGCCCACAAGGUCAACAAGGUCCUGCUGGACCAACUGGUGAUACUGGCCCUGUUGGACCUGUUGGCCCACCAGGUCCUCCAGGUUUCUCAGGAAGAGAUGGAGAUCAAGGAAUGAUGGGUGCUCGUGGACCACCUGGACCACCUGGACCUCCUGGAAAGAGUGGCACGUGUUCUGGAUGCCAAGUCUCUACUACUCCUGGAAAAACACAUUAUUAUGUUGGUCAUGGUAUCAGACCUGAUAAUGCUGUUGAUAUUGAACUUCCUAAAUAUGGAACACUGGAACAUCCUGCUAUAUCUUGCCACGAUCUUUCAAUGGAAAUUGAAAUUACACCAAAUACUACUUAUUAUAUUGAUCCCAAUGGUGGCAGCAAUCGUGAUGCACUUGAAGUUACAUGUCGCAAAAUGGAAAUUUUCAAUGGCGAAUGGUUUUCAUGUGUAAAAUCCUCAACUAGCAUCAUGGACUUCUCAGGAUUAGAAUGCAAGCAGAAUAGUGAUGAUGCACAUAGUUUAAUGGCUUGCAAGAAAGAAAAGGUAUUUUCUUAUGGCCGUGCUAAGCACCAACUUGAAGCACUAGCCAUGUACAGUUACAAAGCAGUUCAAUCUGUAGCUAUGAGCUGUAAUGGACAACCAAUGAGAAUGUAUGGAUGGAAUGGACAGGUAAUAUCUAUCGAGAAUUAUAAGGAAAACAACAAAGACUAUUCACUUGAAAUGGAAUUAGGUUGUAAGAAUCAAGGCAAUAGUAACAUUUAUACUAUAGAUACUAGACUAGCACACACACUGCCUGUUGUGGACAUUGAUGUAUCAUCUCUUGCAGGAGAUGAAACUCUGACUGUUAGUUUAGGAGAGGUUUGCUAUGCAUAAAAAGUCACUUGACUGUGAAGUACAAAUACCCGAAACUCGGACUAAUGGUAGUUUUGUAAAUUGCAUGUAUUCCUCUCUUUUCAUCAGUAUAACUUACCUUUAUUACUCAACACCACUCUACUAAUGAUGUUGUGUAUUAGAAUAAUCUUUGUGUACGCAAUAUCACACUAACUUAUUUUCUUACUUAAUGUUUGUAUGGAAGUUUUAUUAUUGUCUUAUUGUGUUAUUAGUACAUUUUCAUGGGCUUACCAUGUUUAUAUGUAUGUAUGCCACUUUUGUUUUGUUGUAGUUUUAUUUAGUUGUUUUACUAAAAACAUACUUAUGACAAACGA